UCCAAGUAAACACUCCAUUUUGCCAACCCACCUGCUCCUUACUAUUAUUUAUCGACUUCCAAUAGUUCAUCCGAGAAAGAAAGGAAAAAAAAAAAAAAAACUUCCAAUAAAAUAAAAUUCUUCAUCUGCUUACAGCAAACAAGAUUCUGCAAGAAAUCCCAGACAGCGAAGUCUCAGCUGCUUCCGUGAAUGUUGCAGGUAUUACAUUCCAAACUAGACUCCGACUAGCCAAACAAAUAGUCAUUCACACUCUCAGAGAAUCAAAGACUCUGUAUUUGUGAAAGCCAUGGCUGAGAAAUUGUCCGGUGGAAGUAGAGGGAAGCCUAUACGAUGCAGAGCUGCGGUGUGUCGGAAGCCAAGCGAGCCGCUAGUGAUCGAAGAAAUCAUAGUGGCACCGCCGAUGCCUCAUGAAGUCCGCGUUCGAAUUAUUUAUACUUCUCUGUGCCACAGUGAUCUCACUUUCUGGAAAAUGAAGGACUUUCCUGCAAUUUUCCCUAGAAUUCUCGGUCACGAAGCUAUCGGGGUUGUGGAGAGUGUUGGGGAGGAUGUCAAUGAGGUAAGUGAAGGAGAUACUGUCAUACCAACAUUCAUGGCAGACUGUGGAGAAUGUGGAGAUUGCAAUUCAGCAAAGAGCAACCUUUGUUCAAAACUACCCUUCAAGGUCUCACCUUUUAUGCCAAGAUAUGAGACAAGCAGAUUCACAGACCUCAACGGCGAGGCUCUAUACCAUUUCCUAUCUGUGUCUAGUUUUACUGAGUAUACAGUGGUAGACAUAGCCCAUGUCACAAAGAUUGAUUCUGGAAUACCUCUAACCAAGGCUGCAGGCCUUCUGAGCUGUGGAGUAUCAACAGGGGUUGGUGCUGCAUGGAGAACAGCAAAUGUAGAGCCAGGAUCAACUGUGGCUAUAUUUGGGCUCGGUUCAAUUGGAUUAGCUGUUGCAGAGGGAGCAAGACUUUGUGGAGCUACAAGAAUUAUCGGCGUGGAUGUGAACGAAGACAAAUUUGAAGUUGGGAAAAAGUUUGGACUCACUGACUUCGUCAACGCUUCAAAUUCUGAGAAUAAAUCUGCGAGCGAGGUUAUAAUUGAGAUGACUGACGGGGGUGCAGAUUAUUGCUUUGAAUGUGUGGGAAUGGCAUCAGUGGUGCAAGAAGCUUAUGCUAGUUGCCGGAAGGGUUGGGGAAAAACAAUUGUGUUAGGAGUUGACAGACCAGGCUCACAAGUGAGCAUUUCUGCAAGUGAUAUCCUUUGCACUGGAAAAUCCCUCACGGGAGUCUUAUUUGGAGGACUCAAACCCAAAUCGGAUAUUCCUAUUCUCCUCAAUCGCUACAUCAACAAGGAACUACAACUAGAUGAGUUUGUGACACAUGAAGUAACUUUUGAAGACAUUAACAAAGCUUUUGAUUUACUCGUUGAAGGGAAAUGUUUGCGAUGUGUAAUCUGUAUGAAUGAUCAGUGAGUUACUUCCAUUAGUAACAGCCUCUCAUUUCACGUGCAAGAUUUCAGUGUUUAAUAAGGAACUACAAUCUAGACUCUAGAGAGUGGAUUUAAAUAGUGGAAGCAGCAAGCAGUUUCCGUAAAAUGUUGAUAAAAGCAACAGAAUUACUUCAAUAAAGUCAUUGUUUCCCCAAGUUUCAUUUACGUUAUUAGUUAUUACGUGGAUCUCGUGCUAAACUCA